AUGACGUACGAGUCAAGUAGUGAUGAAGACGAUGAUGGAAUAGCAAAAGCUCCAACAAAAUGGCCCAAGAAAGAUCCCGUCAUUGAGGAAAUUAAUGUUGGGAUUUCGAAAACUGUGGCUUUAUCAAAGACUCCAGUCGAAGUUGAAUUUGCUCUACCUAUUCAAGACACUACUGCAAUUAUAACACAUGAAACGAGUGUUCUGCAGCCUCGAAAGAAAGCACUCCCCUCAGAGGCUAUAUUGGAGUCACUUCAAGGCCUGAGAGAUUACUUGGCUGCAGCAAAGGCUGCCACCACUUCUUCAUACAAUUCCUCCUAA